UGGCGCUUAGUUGUGUUGGCAUUGUUUUUGUUUGUUUACUUUUGUUUUGUUAUUAUUUUCAAAUCAGUCCAACUACCUACCUCUUCUUGCCUCAUUUUUUUAGAGUUCUGUGCAUAAAGUAACUGAUUUCGCCUACAGAAGUAGAAUAACACUCAUAGCAAGAUUAGUAACAAGUGCGAUUUAUAUGAGGAAAUUAAUAUUUUGAUUUGAAGCAUAAUUGGCAUAUCAGUAGGUUGAUUAUCAAUAUUGAGUCAUUGAUGCCACCGAAGUCGGUGUUUGCAUGACCAUAAAACAUCAAGUGUCAACUCAAUAAUUCAUAAGGACGAACGGAGCGGCUACAUGGACGGAGCCGGCCUCUGAGGUGCGUCCCCCUCGGGCCGAGACGCCGCGCUCGGCGCCAGCCAAUCACAACAGCGGCUGGCUGGGCGGGCGCGCGGCCCGCCGCCGCCGCCACCAGCGCCGCCAGUUGUUUGAGAAGAGGCGCCGCGGAGGGUGUGUGCUGUGCUGGAUCCGGACGCGACGCAGUGUGUGUGUGCGCUCAGAGCCGAGAGGGCGGCUUAGUAAAGCGGACGGUGUUGAGAGAGGAGUGUGGUGAUCAGUGGAGGAGAUCGCAUCCCGUGCCAACUAUCUCCACGGAGUCUGCACUCGACCGGCGCCGUCCCGUCGCCGUCGGAGAGUCAACACGUGUCCGUUGCUCAGGGGAUGAUAGAGAGCCGUCCGGUCCACUGACAUGGAGCCGGCGCCGAUCGCCGUAUCUGCCGCGGUACUGCUCGGCCUCUGCUGCCUGACCGUCCGCGCCGCGCAGAACGGUCUGGUGGGGAUCUCGUUCACCAAGGAGCCCCAGUCGCUGGUCGUUGUGCCCGGAGAUGAGGUGGCAUUCACGUGCGGAGUCAACCUGAACGCCGACCACCUGACAUGGCUGCACGACUGGAAACCGCUGGAGCCGGGCAGCGACCCCAACAUCGACGUUUCGCCGGGCAGGCUGCUGAUCAGGGUCGGGUCCCAGCCCGACGUGUACAACCGGCAGACGGGGGAGUACAGGUGUAUGGCCCAGAUCGCUCCGAUCGGUCUCACCUCGUUACCAGCCACUCUGAGUAUCGCGCACAUCCUACCGUUCGAGUCUCGGCCGAACAGUACCCUGGUGGCCCCGCCCGGCGGGAUUGUGUCUAUACCGUGUCCGCCGCCAACCAGCGACCCGCCGGCCAUUGUGCAGUUCUUCAGGGACGGACAGCCCGUCACCAAUAGAGGAGACUCUAUAACGGUGCUCCCGGGCGGCCGUCUGCACCUAUCGGACGUCAGCGUCGCACAGGCCGGCACCUACUCGUGCGCCGCCACCAACCACCUGACCGGAGAGACGGUGACAGCGCCGUUUGUGACCCGUCUCGAGGUGCGCCAGCCGCCGCGCACCAGCGCGCCGCGACUCGUGGUGCCGCCCGAGCCGAUAUACAGCGUGAAGGCCGGAACCACGCUGAGGAUCGAGUGCGUGGCCGAGGGAUGGCCGCGUCCCAUCGUCGGCUGGAAGCGCAUGGACGCCCGUCGCACGGACGACAGCCGCUUCGUGCAGCACGCCGCCAGCCUGGAGAUCCGUAAUGUGCGCCGCUCCGACCAGGGCAGCUACCUGUGUGAGGUGGCCAAUCAGAAGGGCACCAUCACCGCCGGAACAGUCGUCAGGGUCAUUGAGCCGCCCUCGGUGGAGACGUCCCAGCAGAACCUCACGGUCGCCGAGGGCGCGCCGGCAGAGCUGGUGUGCUCGGGCCGCGGCCAGCCGCCGCCGCGGCUCCAGUGGGUGCUGAACGGCCGACCGGUGCUGGGCGGGCGCCGACCCACCGUGGAUAGGGGACGGCUGCAGUUUGAGGCGGUGACGCGGCAGGACGCCGGGCUCUACCAGUGCUUCGGACACAGCGAGGCGGGGGAUGAUAAGGCCGCUGUGCUGCUCAAGGUGAUCCCGCGCCAGAGUAUGUCGUCUGGCUCCGCAGUGAUGACCUCUACCCCGGCGCCGACUGAGCGCCAGACGCCCGGCCGACGGAGAGGCAACGGCAACAGGAACAGGGACGGAGAGCUAAUGGUGCCGCCGUCAGCGCCCAGCGUCUACCCUAUCUCGGAGAGUUCGGUGAUGCUCAAAUGGGACGUGCCGGAGAACGACGGCCUCUCGAUCCUGUUCUUCAAGAUCCAGUACCGGCGGGCGCCGCGGCGCCGACACGACUGGCAGACGCACGACGCCGACGUACCCGGCACCGCGCGAUCCUUUGAGGUGGACGGACUGGAGGUCGGCGCCAAAUACAAAUUCCGCGUGCUGGCUGUAUACGAGAACAAGGACAACAAGCACGGCCCCAACUCGCGCAAGGUCAAGAUGACUCGUAUGCGUAAGAAGGCCAAGCCGCCUGGCGCGCCCGUGAUUGUGUCCCACAGUCCGCGCAGUCCCAACGCCAUCCAGUUCUCUUGGAAGUACAGUCUUCAGGCGGCUCCGAUAGAGGGCUACUUCAUCUUCUUCCGAGACACCACCAUGGCGGGAGAGUACUCAAAGGUCACUGUGCUCGGUGAGGCCACCAAGGAGCACACUCUGACCCCGCUCCUGCCGAGCACCACGUACGACAUCAAGCUGCAGGCCUUCAACCUGGAGGGCGGCGUGUCCGCCUUCUCACAGAUCAUCACCGAGCGAACCGAGGACUCUCCGGACGCGCCGACCACCGAGUCGCCGGGCGGCGGUCACACUGUACCGAUCGUCACCACGCGCGGCGUGGGUCGGUCUCGGGUCAGACUGUACGCCAUCGUGGGAGGUGUGCUCGGCCUGCUGCUGCUCCUAGCGCUACUGUUUGCGCUCAUCUACUACUGCAGAUCGAGAGCAGGAGCCAAACACGAUGAGGCCAAGUUCGGCGACACGUCUCAGACGAUGCACCUGCAGCAGCAGCAGCCCUUCACUGUCUCUGACCGGGAGCUGUCAGUGGCGCCGCUGCGCAGACAGGCCUCCUAUACAGGAUCGGACGCCGAGCUGGCCGUGACGCCGCUGCAGCAGCCCGAACAGCCGGCCACGCCGCCGCCGCCGCCGCUGCCCUUCAAACAGAGGUCGUCGGCCAUCUCGGAGACCUCGUUCGGAGCGGUGCCGGUGGCCAUCCCGGUGCCGCCGUGCUGUGAGCCGGUGGGCGCCGAGGGGUCAGCCUCGGGCGGCGGCCCGAGCGACCCGUCCCCCGCCGGAGCCGCCAGCGGAGCCGUGCUCAACAAUAACAAAUAUACCGGAGGAGGCGACACGGUCGAGAGGAGACGGCGCAUCCUCCGCCGGAAAGACAGUAUCGAGGCGCAGCGCCACCGGCUGAGUGGCAGGUAGCGGCACGGACUGCCGUGAGGGCGUUCGCUGUGAUCCCAGCUCAAACAGUGCCUGACCGUGUGCCAACCGGACGGACGGCGGGCGCGGGCGAUUCUCUGCUGAGUGGACCCUACGCCAGUGGCUCCACGGAGACUCAGAGUUGGGCUUGGUCCGGCACCCAGCGUUCGGCUUUGUCUGACACCCAGUGGUGGCUAGAUUUGUCCGGUGAGGAUAAAUCAAGGUGGCGAGGUCAGCAGAGCCGGUGAUCCGCUCCGUCCACCACCUCGUGCAUUUGUUGGUGGAGGAUCUCCAGAGAUUAUGGUCUGAGCCGCCAGCCGAGGUUGUCGAGUUGUGUGACAGCGGACGUCCCCUUCUUGUGACCGGUUUUACGCGUCACAGCGGUUAGAACUCGACAAGUUUUUGACAGGUGCCUUAUCGUUAAGGUGACUUGUGAAAAUUGGUUGCCUUUUAGCUCAAGCAGUUUUUAAUGAACUUUUCAACUGUAAAAGUUGUUUUAUCGAAGUGUUUGACAUGUUAAUAUCGUGUUCAGAAAUGUGUUUGCCUCUGUGCGUUGCGAGUUCAAAGUGUUGUUGAGAUGCUGUGUAUUUAUUAGUGUCGUGUUGAUGGACCGGUCUCCCGGCCGGCCGCCGUGGUCGGGUGAGGACUCCCUCCGCCGGGCCGGCGGGGCCUGUUCCUGUUCCCUGUUGGGGUCACAUCUCUCAGCCGCUCCCGAACCAACCGGUUCUCACGGCGACCUCUCCCGUGAGCUGGCCGGUCUCCGAACCUCCCCUGUGACCUGCUGACCGCAGCUAGGGCGCCCUCCCCUCCCCCGGCAGGGCGCCGCCUCUCAGAGCCCCCCCCCCCCCCGCCCCUGCCCUGGUGUGUGACCCAUCCCGUGCCACAACUGGGCCUCGUUUCAUAAAGCUCUGCCGUAACUUACACCUUUCCGUAAUUCACACCCUUUCAAACUACGGAGCGCAAAUAAAGCCGUUUCACAAAGCGUCAACUGGAAUUGUUUACACCUCCGUAACUAAGCACAUUUGCGUAGUUACCGUAAUUUAUCAAGCGUCCUACAAAUUACAAUUUCAUGUCAACAUUUAUUUUUUACGAGAAAUUAUAAAACAAUUAUGUUGAAUUUAAAUCUUAAAAAUUAUUUAUGAAAAAACAAAAUUGAUAUUGAUGACCAUCCUUUAUUAAAACAAUAUAUUAAAAACAGCAGAAAGCCAGCUAAGCAGAAGUGCGUAACUACGAAAGUGGCGCGGCGCGGCGAAUAAACAAAAUUCCGAUAGUGGCCACAAAAAGCGACUGGUACAGAAGAUUUGCAGCUUCUUUUUCUCAUUUUGGCUGUUCUUUCUUCCUCACCGGGCUCAACAUUAUAAAAUAUAUUAAAAACUAGCUUCGAAUCUUCACAUUAAUUCAAAAUCACGCAACAUUUUCGUGCGUAGUUUACACCACUGAUAUCAAGAGCUUGAUAAAAUAUUUGGCGUUAAUUACGUCGUUUUAUGAAACCCAAAUGGCAUCAAUUGGUCCGGAAUCGAGCAUUUGCCGUAAAUGAAGCUCCGUACUUUCGAUGGCGUGAAUUACUCCGGUCUCCGGCUUUAUGAAACCGAAUUGGCAUCAAAUACGCCAAAUCUGGCAUAAUUGACGGAACGCCGUAAGUAAUUCCUUUUAUGAAACGAGGCCCUGGACCCAAGUAGUACAACGUGAUAUUUAUUGACAUAGAGUCGCGCGGUGUGUGGUGUGUGUGUGCCCCACGCCCGUGUAUGGGCGGAUGUGUGAGAAUGAGUGAGAGUUCUUCAUUGUGAGUGCCUUCUGAACUGCCUGUUUAUAUGAAUUUGUACACUAGAUCCAUACUCAUGUGCGAGAUUUCAUACAGCGAUGUUGACGGUACAUGUCGGUGGCAAGAGUCAAUAAAUAGCUCUUUCUACA